UGAGGGAGAAAGCGUUUAUAAACCAGCGCAUGUUGUUUUUGUUCCAGACGUAAGCUUGACUUUGUAAGGCGGCCGCUAGGGGUAAACGUACCAACCCGCACCGGAGACUUCUGGGUCGAGUCUAAAUCUGUCCCGCACACUCGGGAUGACAGGACGGCGAGUCGAGACAUCCGUUCGCUGAGGACGUGACAAACUAGUCCGUUGACCGUCCUACACAUACUUUUUUUUUUAAUGGCUAACUAUGAAAUACAAAGUGAUUAUACCGGGUCAGCUCGUUGAAGGUAGGAUCACCGUAAGAAGAGUUGCGGAUUGUAGCGCUAGCUUUUAAAGCUAACUUCGUUAGCAGGCUACCGUUAGCUAGCUAAUGUUAAAUCAAAAUAAGCAUUCAAUUUGACCUCCGCUAACUAACGCUCCUGACCAUUCACUGUGGCUCCUUGGUUACGUUUGACGGCACCGAACACUUACAGACGAAACAGUACUUGGGAAGUUUUUCUCCCGUUCGGGAAUCAUGGCGUCGACGUGGUUUAGUUGGACAACAUAUGCAGAGGAGCAGUUGUGACUUCGGGCUGUCAACAAGCUCGCUGACGUUAGCUACCCUGGCUAGCCAGCUAGCGUUAGCUCUCUUGCUACCAUGGCCAGAAUGGAGAACGGCCGUCAGUCGAUGGACACGAGAAGCAUCCGGACCAUCAGCAGCAGUCGCAUGGACGACGAAAGCUCCUUGGGGUCCGACUCUGAGAUCAACGGAUUCACCAGCGACAGACAGACGGACAAAUACGGAUUCAUCGGCGGGGCUCAGCAGCACACGGAGGAAUCAGCGCAGGAUUUGCCCCCACAAGUGCUCCGGCAAAGGGAGCUGAAGUGGCUGGACAUGCUCGGCCACUGGGAUAAGUGGAUGAUCAAGAGAUUCAACAAGGUGAGGCUGCGCUGCCAGAAGGGAAUCCCUCCGGCGCUGCGAGGCCGCGCGUGGCUCUACCUGUCGGGAGGAAAGGUGAAGAAAGAGCAGAAUCAAGGAAAGUUUCAGGAGCUGGAUAGCCAGCCGGGAGACCCCAAAUGGGUGGACGUGAUCGAGAAAGACCUCCAUCGACAGUUUCCUUUCCACGAGAUGUUUGUGUCCCGGGGAGGACACGGGCAGCAGGACCUGUUCCGUGUUCUUAAGGCCUACACUCUGUACAGACCAGAGGAGGGUUACUGCCAGGCUCAGGCCCCCAUCGCUGCCGUGUUGCUCAUGCACAUGCCUGCUGAGGAUGCCUUCUGGGGGCUGGUACAAAUCUGUGAGAAGUACCUUCCUGGCUACUACAGUCCUGGCCUGGAAGCCAUACAGUUGGAUGGAGAGAUCUUGUUCGCCGUGCUGCGACGCGUCUCCCCACUGGCCUUCCGCCAUCUGGAGAAACACAAGAUCGACCCCAUCCUCUACAUGACUGAGUGGUUUAUGUGUGCCUUCUCCAGGACGCUGCCCUGGGCCUCCGUGCUGCGCGUCUGGGACAUGUUCCUCUGUGACGGUGUGAAGAUAAUCUUUCGUGUGGGUCUGGUGCUUCUAAAGUGCAUGCUGGGCACCCGGGAGAAGUUGAAGGCCUGCCAGGGCCAGUAUGAGACCAUGGAGCUCCUCAGGGCCCUGGAGCCUCGCUACAUGCAGGAGGGCUUCCUGGUCCGAGAGAUUCUGGAGGUGCCGGUGACAGCGCGUGACGUGGAGCGGGAGAACUACACCCAGCUGAAGCGCUGGAAGAAGAACCGCGGCGAGCUGAAUUUCAAAUCCCCUCCGAGGAUGCACGGCGCCCGGGUCGUCUUGCUGUCCGAGCCGCCGAGGCGCCAGGACCUGCAGCAGAACCCGACCAUCGUGCUGGAGGUCCCGCAGCCCACCCCGCAGCUCAAGAAGAAGGAUAGAAGCUUUAAGAAGAAGGGCAGCAUAAAGAAGUCCCAGCCCGUUGUGGAGAUCCCUAAUCCUUACUCCCUUCCCAACGACCCUGCACCGCCCCUCGCAGGUCCACAAGCUCCUCCCCCCCCAGCGGGCAACAAGUCGCCGGAGGCAGCGCCACAGACUGACACGGAGCCGCCUCGCCAGCAGCCAGCGCCUCCCACAGAGCCGCCCCCCGCCGAAGAGUCUCCUCUGCAGCAAUCCACACAAAGCCUUAGCAGCACCGAGCAAGAUACGUACCUGUAGCUCUUCAUCACUGUGUGUGUGUGUGUGUGUGUGUGUGUGUGUGUGUGUGAGAACCGAGCACCAGCAGCCUUCUGCCAACGACCCGCCAGCCUUUCCAAGGUCUAUUAUUCUAAUGUUGGACUGUUUGAUAUUCAUCUUGGACAUUAUUUUUUUCCUAUUACAUGACUGUGAUACACUAAAGCGUCACGUAAAACUAAUCUGUUACUUACUUAUUCUGUCCUCAAGUAUUCCGUUUGUUAGAGAGACUUGUUACUGAGUUGUGGGCUUCUAAUGGGACUCACAGAAUAAUGAGGUGGCACAGCUAAUGCAGGUUUUAUAUAGUUUUCCACUCCAAUUCAACACUAUGGAAUUUAUUGGUCACUAAGCCUUUUAUAUUUCACUAACGGUUUUGUUCACUAGAGGGCAGCCUGGCCGAGGUUUCCGCCGUUACAUUCCCUGUUCGUAGAGCAGAUCACAGCAGGUGUGGGAUUCCUACGCGACCUCACAUAACUUUGGGAGGUACAAUUCUGAGAUUGAGCUUUUUUUAUUUUUUUCUCUCUCUCUCCUUUUUUUAUGUUUUGUUUUCUUCUUCAAAUUGUGCGGCAUUGUUUUCUUGCUCAUCUUUUUGGUUAUUUGUUUAAACGGCAGUUUAAAUGUUACAUUUGUUUGCGCAUUCCUUGCUAUAUAUGGUCACUUUUUUCCCCCCACGUCCUUAGAAUAUAUGUGAUUUAGCUCCAAUAUUCACUGGGCCAGGCACUUCCAGACACUUUAAAGCAGCAAAGGGCCACACACCGGACACUGUGUCUAAAGCUUAUCAGUUUGAGAGCUGUCUCCUGCCAAAUGCAAUUCCCUAUAAAGUAUGUAUUUGUGCAUGUUUUCAAAUCACUUAAUUGUUCUGACCUUCUUCUCGGCUUUGCUCUAAUAUCCAGUUGGAGCCAAGAAUAUCUUGUGCGAAUUGGCUCCGUCUUUUUUACUUAUAUUAUGCUAGAAGUUCCAAAGUUUUGAGAUGACAUUAGAGCCGCUGUGACCAGGUGUUCUCUGUUCGUACAGUCAAGAGGGAUCAAAGGAUUUCAAGAUUUCUUUAGAGCUAUUUUGAAUAAUUUGAUGGCGAUGUAUGGAGACACGCAGAGGCUGUGCGCUGAUUGGACAAUCCUUUUGUGUCCUUUUGUCUUUCAUCACAAUGAUACAAAGUAAAGGGAGUUUUGUAUCCGUGUAAGAUGUGUUUUUGUAUGUAGUUUAUACAGAAACAAAGCAAUGCAUUUUUCACUUAUCAGAAGCAGUGUCGUUUAAAAGGAUAACACACAAUUGCAAGAAGCCCCUUCCCAGUAUAGAUCUUUAUUUGCUUAUACUACACAUCUCACAUUUUGCUAUAAUUUAAUUUAAUGCUCAUUGUGUAGAUAUAUCCUGUAAAAUAACAAUUUAUUUUCUAAUAAAUUUAUUUUUCAAUGUAUAAUGCUAUAUUUUACGUAGCAGUUACAUAAACCGAGAAGACAUCUCUAAAUAAUUUGAAGUGUAAGACGUGAUCUUUUUCAAUCAAUAUUUGUAACACUAGAAAAAUCCCAAAUUUGUGGGUGAUCUUUGCAAGUGAAAAUUAUUUUGUUACACUUAAAAUGAUCUGGUAUUGUCAUUCACAUUAGGAUUCAUAAGAUGUUUGACAAAAAUGGGGCGCUAUGCAUCAUCAUGUUUAAAUUGAAUGAAUAAACUUGUUUAAAGCAAUCAAAAAAAAUGUGA